AUGAUGAAAGCAAUUGUAAUCCAUGAGCCCGGCGGGCCUGAAGUGCUCAAGAUAGAAGAGCGCCCCAUCCCCACCCCCCAACCUGGCCAAAUCCUCAUCCGCAUCAAAGCCUUCGGCCUCAACCGCUCCGAACUCUUCACCCGCCAAGGCCACAGUCCCGUGCAAUUCCCCCGAAUUCUCGGAAUCGAAGCCACAGGCAUCGUAGCCUCUGCACCACCAGCCAACGAAGAAGAAAAAGAAGAAAAAGAACCCCCCCAAUUUCAACAAGGAGACAUAGUCGCCACAGCCAUGGGAGGCAUGGGUCGAGUGUUUGAUGGAGGCUAUGCAGAGUAUACAUGUGUGCCUGCUAGGCAGGUACAGAAAUUGUAUAGUAGCCAUAGUGACAUCGAACAACAACAACAACAAAAAAAUAUAUUACCAUGGGAAAUCCUCGGAGGCUAUCCCGAAAUGUUACAAACCGCGUGGGGAAGUUUAUUCCUUGCGUUGCGAAUCCAGGCGGGCGAGAAAUUAUUAAUUCGAGGAGGAACGACAUCCGUGGGAUUAGCUGCAGCGGCGAUUGCGAGGAAAUUUGGUGGGAUUGAGGAGGUGGUGAGUACGACGAGGAAUGGGGCGAGAAGGGGGUUGUUGGAGGAACAUGGGGUGACGACGGUGAUUGUGGAUGAGGGGGAGAUUGCGAAAGAGGUGUGGGAGAGGGUGGGAGGGGUGGAUAAGGUGUUGGAAUUGGUGGGGACGACGACGGCGGAGGAUUCGUUGAGGUGUGUGAAGCCGAAUGGGGUUGUUUGCAUCGCAGGAAUGGUCGGCAACAAAUGGACCUUCUCCAACUUCGAACCCAUGGCCAGCAUCCCCACCUCAGUUCAUCUCACCACCUACAGCGGAGGCACGGAAGAAUUCAUGCAGACACCCUUGCAAGAAAUGAUGGAGCAGAUUUCCACAGGCGAACUUCGGAUUCCUAUGGGCAAGGUUUUUCGAUUCGAGGAGAUUGUGGAAGCGCAUCGGAUGAUGGAGGAGGGGACAGCGGGCGGUAAGAUUGUGGUGCUUGUUUAA